GUCAAAGGUGGUCUGAUGUUAUGGUGAUUCAGAAGAAGAACAUCUGUAUAGAAUGACAGUGCAGACAGGCAAUGGCACAGAGAUGGCUGUGGAUGUUAGUGCCAUGGAGAGGAAGCUGGAACCUGCGCUCCAAAGCGCCUGGACAAGAGGAGGAACGCCAUGUCAGAGCUAACGACCGUGGUUAUAAUGAGAGGUUCAGUUAUGCUGAUAAUCACAUCAAGACAGCAAAGUAUACCCUCUACACCUUUCUACCCAUUAACUUGUUUGAGCAGUUUCAGCGGUUUGCCAAUGCUUACUUCUUAGUGCUGUUGAUUCUACAGUUAAUCCCUGAGAUCUCCUCUUUGUCCUGGUUCACCACCAUUGUGCCUUUGGUGUUGGUACUGAGCAUCACCGCUGUGAAGGAUGCUACUGAUGACUAUUUUCGCCAUAAAAGCGACCAACAAGUCAACUCUCGCCAGUCUCAGGUACUCACCAAGAGAAAGCUGCAAAAUGAGAAAUGGAUGAAUGUUAGAGUCGGUGAGAUCAUAAAACUCGAGAACAACCAGUUUGUUGCUGCUGACCUGCUCCUGCUGUCUAGCAGUGAGCCCUAUGGUCUUUGCUAUAUUGAAACAGCAGAGUUAGAUGGAGAGACAAACCUUAAAGUGCGCCAAGCCUUGACUGUAACCUCAGAACUUGGAGCAGAUGUUGCCAAGCUUUCAGAGUUCAAUGGAGAAGUUAUAUGUGAGCCUCCCAACAAUAAACUGGACAAAUUCACUGGAACCCUGUACUGGAAGGAUAAUAAGUAUCCUCUGGACAAUGAGAAAAUGCUGCUGAGAGGCUGUAUACUCAGGAACACUGAGUGGUGCUUUGGCAUGGUCAUCUUUGCUGGGCUCCAAACUAAGCUGAUGCAGAACUGUGGGAGGACAAAAUUCAAAAGGACCAGCAUUGACAAGCUGAUGAACACUUUAGUGCUGUGGAUUUUUGGAUUUCUCAUCUGCAUGGGGAUCAUCCUGGCUAUUGGGAACACUAUCUGGGAGCAGAAAGUGGGCGGUAAUUUCUGGGAGCACCUGCGAUGGGACCAUCUCCUAAGCAGUGCUGUCUUCUCUGGUUUCCUCACUUUCUGGUCUUACGUCAUUAUUCUCAACACGGUCGUUCCAAUCUCUCUUUAUGUCAGCGUCGAGGUACUUCGUCUAGGCCACAGUUAUUUCAUAAACUGGGACCGGAAGAUGUACUACAGUCGUAAGGACACUCCAGCUGAAGCUCGAACCACCACCCUGAAUGAGGAGCUGGGCCAGGUUGAGUUCAUCUUCUCAGACAAAACAGGGACUCUUACCCAGAACAUUAUGAUCUUCAGUAAAUGCUCCAUUAAUGGAAAGAUCUAUGGUGAUGUUUAUGAUGAAUUUGGACACAAAGUGGAAAUUACAGAGAAAACACCAUGUGUGGAUUUCUCCUUCAACCCACUGAUGGACCGGAAGUUCCGUUUCCAUGACAGCAGCCUGGUUGAGGCUAUAAAGUUGGAGGAGCCUUUGGUACAGGAUUUUUUCCGAUUGCUUGCUCUGUGUCAUACUGUCAUGCCUGAGGAGAGGAGUGAAGGAGAGCUGGUCUAUCAGGCUCAGUCUCCAGACGAAGGAGCCCUGGUAACUGCAGCUCGCAAUUUUGGCUAUGUAUUUCGAGCCAGAACACCAGAGACCAUUACUCUAUAUGAGAUGGGCCAGCCUGUCACCUACCAGCUCCUGGCUAUACUGGAUUUUAACAAUGUCAGGAAGCGAAUGAGUGUUAUUGUGAGAAACCCAAAGGGACAGCUGAAGUUAUACUCUAAAGGUGCAGACACAAUACUCUUUGACAGACUAGACCCAUCCAAUGAAGAGCUUAUGUAUACUACCUCAGAGCACCUUAAUGAGUUUGCAGGUGAAGGUUUGAGGACGUUGGCCCUGGCUUAUAAAGAUCUGGAUGAAGACAUGUUUGAUGAGUGGAUGAAGAAGCUGCUGUUUGUCAGCACAGUGCUGGAGAACAGAGAGGAGAGACUAGGGGCUCUGUAUGAGGAGAUAGAGCAGGGCCUGAUGCUUCUUGGUGCCACUGCUAUAGAGGACAAACUGCAGGAAGGCGUGCCAGACACUAUUAGCUGCUUGAGCCUGGCCAGUAUUAAGAUCUGGGUCCUCACUGGAGACAAACUAGAGACAGCAAUGAACAUUGGCUACUCAUGUAACAUGCUGAGAGAUGACAUGAACGAGGUGUUCGUAAUCUCAGGUUACUCCACACUGGAGGUUCAGCGGGAGCUCAAAAAUGCCAAAGAAAGAAUCACUGGUCCCAGCAGAGAGAAGAUCAGCAUUGGUCAAGAUGUAGGAAAAUCAGAUAUGUAUGCCAGUGACUCUGUGUUUGAGGAAACCAUCAUUGCAGAAUAUGCAUUGGUCAUUAAUGGACACAGUUUGGCCCAUGCGCUGGAAGCAGACCUGGAGCUCAUCCUACUGGAUGUGGCCUGCCUGUGUAAGACUGUGAUCUGCUGUAGGGUCACUCCUCUUCAGAAAGCCCAGGUGGUGGAGCUGGUCAAGAGACAUAAGAGAGCAGUCACACUGGCCAUUGGGGAUGGAGCCAAUGACGUCAGUAUGAUCAAGACGGCCCACAUUGGGGUUGGCAUCAGUGGGCAAGAGGGCAUGCAGGCUGUAUUGGCUUCCGACUAUUCCUUUGCCCAGUUUCGUUACCUACAGCGCCUCCUACUGGUCCAUGGCCGGUGGUCCUACCACCGCAUGUGUAACUUCCUCUGCUACUUCUUCUACAAGAACUUUGCCUUUACAUUGGUGCAUUUCUGGUUUGGCUUUGUGUGUGGCUUCUCUGCUCAGACUGUGUAUGACCAGUGGUUCAUCACCUUGUUCAACAUAGUCUACACAUCUCUGCCCGUUCUUGCGAUGGGCUUGUUUGACCAGGAUGUAAAUGAGCAGUACAGCAUACGCUAUCCAAACCUGUACAAACCAGGGCAGCUGAAUCUCUUGUUCAACAAGCGCAAGUUCUUCACCUGCACCCUGCAAGGAGUCUACACCUCAUUCGUCCUUUUCUUCCUCCCGUUUGGAGCAUUCUCAUGUGCCGUGCGGGAGGACGGGGCUCACAUAUCUGAUCAGCAAUCCUUUGCUGUUACUAUAGCAACCUCUCUGGUUAUUGUGGUUAGCGUCCAGAUUGGGCUGGAUACGAAUUUUUGGACUGCUGUGAACCACUUCUUCAUAUGGGGCAGUCUGGCCAUCUACUUUGCUAUACUGUUUGCAAUGAACAGUGAUGGCAUCUUUAAAAUAUUUCCCAGCCAGUUCCCUUUUGUUGGCACUGCAAGGAACACUCUGAAUGAGAAGACUGUGUGGCUGGUUAUUCUCCUCACUACUGUGGUAUGUACAAUGCCAGUAGUGGCCAUUCGCUUCAUCAGGACAGACCUUCAACCUACACAGACUGACAAAGUGCGCUUUCUUCAGCAGGCGAGCAGGAGGCAGGGUCCUCAGGAGCAGAACCUGAGGCGCGUACGGCGGACCAGCUCCCGCCGCUCAGCCUACGCCUUUGCCCACCAGCAGGGGUACGGCGAGCUGAUCACCUCUGGCAAGAACAUGAAGGUCCACGUGCCGUCCACAUCCACCUUCCCUGGCUCGUCUCCUGGGAGAACCCGCGCCGGUAGCAGCUCAACGGAGAACAAGCUGGGAGAGAGAAAAGACACCCACAACGUGGCGGCGGCUGAGGAUACAACGAAACCCGGGGUCACGGAGCAUACCGGCCUGGGUGGUGGGAGUGUGUACAGCCGGGACACUCUAUACACAAACUAAUCAGCUAGCAUACAGCAUAGCAUAAUAUAGGGCAAGUGGAGAGCAGCUCAGUAGAGUUCAGGGGAUUUCUCUUUAGUCAUCUCCACCAUUAAGCAGGGAUUAGCACCUCUAUGUGUGCAUAAUGUUGCAGUAUGGCGGAAUAUGGCAAUGGAGGACCGCAGGACUCCUGAUCCUGUCGAUUGAGGGUGUAUGGGUCACGUCUCACAGCUCUAUGGAGAGCUGUUCAAAGUGGGGGACAUUUAAGGACAUCAGAAGGCUACGCAUGAAGUGACACUGAGGAGACCAGCAUUGGCCAGGAGAACCUCACAAUCAGCAUAAUGAAGCACAGGGAAGAAUCCUUACCUUCCUGUCCUAAUUUCUUCUUUUAUGCGAAUGCAUUCUAUUCUCCUGGUGCAACUUGAAUUAAUUGUGGCUUACUGACUCAGAAAGGCAUUCUUCUCCUGCUAAAUUUAGUUCUGUUUGAUUGUUCACUCCCCAAUAGACUGAGACUGACAUGCAAAUGCAGAAGCUUUACUUCAGAAAGCCAAGUUUUUGGACAAUUUUUGGAGUAAAAGAUCUUUGUAUGCUUCCAAUACGUUGCUGAGCUUGCCAGUACAUGCAAGUUAAUUACGUGCACAAAUUCAAUGCAAUUAGCUGAGCUACUGGUGAAAUCAAGUCAACUGAAAUCCUCUCAGGAGAUAUAGUUACUAUUCUUGGGUAGUUUAAGAAUUACCGCAAAUUAAAGCCACCAAAUGUUUUACCAGAUGCUCAUGGUCUCAUAGCUGGAACAAGAGGAAAACAGGAAGAAAUAUUUAUCACAGGUCCUCUUGAAACAAUAAUACCUCUGCUUAAAAUAUUGUAAACAUUAAUCAACUGCUGAAUUACUUGACUUGUUCAGUUUUUGUAAAUGAAUUAAAUUAUUUGACAUACAUUAAUGUUUGCACAUGUAGCUUAAAAGACUGACUGCAUCAAUAAUGUUACUACACAGAAUUUACAAACUAGUAAUAAUAUUGUCAAGGGUAAUUUGCAGUAAAAUGUGUAAUAUACCUUUCAGAAUAGACCUAUCUAGACUGCUUGUAAACAAGCUUUAGCAUUGUGACAGCACAUGAUAUCUGAUUCCGGUUCUGCCAAAAACAACUGCUUAACACUACUAUCAUUUUACUCUACAUUCAUAUAGUUUCUCUGUAGUUAUACUUCUCUAGUGUGCAUAUAUUGUUGUCAGCAUCAGGUUUGUUUGGAGAGCACUGAAUGGACAAAAUAAAAGUCCAGAUAAGCAGAAGAUCGAUGUUCCAGAGGCUACCCAGCUGUGCCUUUCAUUUAUCCUCUGCCAAUAAUUGAAACAUCAACUGAAAAAGUCAACAAAACAUCAAAAAAAUCUUAAAUAUGGCUGUCUAUGUUAAGGUCUAAAAAUUGGGCAUUUCAGUGUCCUUUUGUAAAAGGAAAAUUGUGCCUUUUUAUUUUCCUUUUAGUAAAUGAAGUAUAUUUUUAAGUUGAGUAUUUUAUCUGUGCCACCAA